CUCUGCCUCUUGUUUGGACGCGUCCACCUCACUAGGCGAAUGGUUGCCGUCCUCAUCUCCGUCCACCUCGUCCUCUUCGUCGGUCUUCUCUAGUGUACAUGAAAGCAUUCCCUCACAUGGAGAAUGAAGCCGAAUGAAUUGAAAAUUUUAUUUGCGCUGGCACUUUUUGCGGCGGACUCUCUUUCAACGCUACUUGUUAAGGAUGAUUUAAGCUCUCUGGAGUUCAGUUGCCAUCACGCAUGCAGGUUGAUGGAUUCUAUGCUUGUCCUUUAUGCGAAAUGGCCUAUAAAUCCGAGUCUGACCGCCAAAGAUAUCUUCAAAGUCGCAUAUGUGUAGAUAAGCAAUGCGAAGUAUACUUUUUGAACCAGGAGUCAAUGAGAUCAAAGAGAAGGAUCUUUAAUUAUCAAUCCACCGAGAACACUUUAUAUGUUACUCGGUGGCUGAAGUGAAUUGAUAGGACUUACUGGAUCUAAUUAAAUACACGCGGUGGCAGCAUGUUAUAUGGGCUAUAUGCCACAGGGCGCGUUACUGGGGGUUCUCAGGGC